CCAAACACAGUGAUCAUUCUGAUCGGUAACAAGGCCGACCUGGAGGCUCAGAGAGACGUGACGUACGAGGAGGCCAAACAGUUCGCUGAGGAGAACGGUUUACUGUUUCUAGAGGCCAGCGCUAAGACAGGGGAGAACGUGGAGGAGGCCUUCCUGGAAGCGGCAAAGAGGAUUUACCAGAACAUCCAAGAUGGCAGUCUGGACCUGAACGCAGCCGAGUCGGGAGUCCAGCACAAACCGUCCGCGCCGCAGGGCGGCCGCCUGAACGCCGACAGCCAGCCGGCCAAAGAAGGCUGCAGCUGCUAACCACAGACGGGAACGACAGGCGCACACAGAGACCCCCCCAUGAGUCCUCUAUGCAGAGUGCGUCAGACUGGAUUCAGCUGGAUUACAUUCAACAGUCCGACCAGCUGUUGGUGAAUCCAGACCUCAGUUCAGAACCCAAAACAAGACUCAACCAUUAAAUCAGGACCUUUCACCAAAUCCAGUAUCUAUCAAGACGUCUGUGGACCAGGUCUCAAAUCUGCAUCAGUGUUCCAACCCUUGGAUCCCGCUGGGUCACGAUGGCUAUCACUAGAAAACCCUUUGCCCCCAAAAACUGGAUCACCCUCCGGACCUCCCAAGUUUGGAGCACUGUUGGCCCGACCCAAAGUGAGGGUUGUUCAAAUUCUGGACUAACCCGGUCCCACGAGAGAGAAGUAUAAAUACAAGGCUCACGUUUGAACCAGACCACUCUACACCAAAAGGGGUCGCCUUAGUUCUUAGUCUGGACCAGAGCCCUGGUCCAAGUCCAGAGCCCUGGUCCAAGUCCAGUCUUUCUCCAGCUCACAUCCAAGCGUGAUUGACCUAAAGGUAGUCUCUAAGCCCAUCACUAGACGAGCAUCUUCCUGGAGGACCCUCCGGACCCCCGUCUCUUCCAAGUCUGGACCCUGUCCACCGCAGUCCAAACUUGGACUAGUCUUGUCCCAAGAAGACAAGUAAAGUUACGUGACCCCGAUAGAAUAUAUCUGAUCACCAAAAUGCAAAUCACCCAAGUUCCAACAUUCCUUCUGACGGAUUCACAGCCCAGCUGGACCGCCCCUGGUCCUAAUUGAGACCUCCUUCCCCCUCACAUCCAGGCUCGCUGCACCGAUGUAAGCCCGGAACAGAACCACCCUCACCCACCACCAGACAACUGGGACCCGACUGAAGUGAAGGCAGUCCAGCUACCUUUUGUCUCAAAUGUAAAACGCCAACGAGACAAAAGAUUCAAUGCCUGGAAUUUGGACAAAACUAUAACCCCCCCCCCCCCCCACACUCUGGACUACACUUUACUUAAAAUGCGUAUGACCCAAAUUCCAACUCUGGACCGAUUCUCAGACCAGAUCAAGAACCACCUGGAGUCCAAACCUUCAAAUUUAGAUCCAAUCUAAUCUGCUAUAAGAUCCAAUCGUCCAAACUCUUGACGUCCUCUCUGAUUGGACGUUUGGAUUCAUAGUCGUACUAACGUCUUGUUCCUGUGUGACAUCCCAGCAUUUGUUCAGUUGAGAGAAAAGUCUUAAAAUGAAUUCCUCACGUCCGUUAACUCCUAACGGAGCGGCCUGAACACAUUCCAGGUUCUUCUUCUUUUUCAGUUUGACAAAGAACUCUUCAUCUCACUUGAGUUUCCUCUAAACCAGAAGAAAGCGGCUGCCCUUUGACCUUCUAGUCCGUUGUGUUUCUGAGUAUCAGAAGACGAGUUUACGUCGUAGAUGUGGAUUCGUAGACCUUUAGAGUCGGAGGUUAGAUUCUCCUCCGGAGGCGGUCUACUCGUUCUGACCACCAGGUUAAAAGCUACUCCUUGUUUGUUUCCACUCAGAAGUGCUUCUGUGGCUCUGGAGGAUCUUUCUGAAGGUUAGACGAGGCCAGACGGUUCUUCAGAAGGACGGAACCAGGUUUCUUUGCUAAAGUUCUAGAAUCCAGGGUUUCUGGAAGUUUGACCCGUAUUACGUUCUAAAGGUGUGGAGCUCUCAGCCGUUACUGCUUCAGUCUCUAACACGGUUCCAUCCUUGUAGAAAUGCGACAUUAAAACCUUUGUUGUGCUGCAGACGGACUCGCUCAGACGCGCUCUAAACCACUGGAGUACCAGUGUAGGAGAGCCAGAACCUCGGUACACAAUAGACCCACAUAUGAACUCACCUGCACACAUUACAGGUCUUUGUACAACAUUCAGGACCCCGAUCCAAAACUGACCUGAAACCAGUUCAUCUAACGGGGUCGGUCAGUGAAUCCUGUUCAGACAGAAACACCGUCGUGGCUCCGCUGAACGUUAUCGACACGUUUUAAAGACUCCAAAGUAAAAGUGUUCUUUCAUUUAAAGGUCACGAAAGAAAACAAGCCGACAGAAGAGAGUAAAACGUAACGGUUGAGUGUUUGAAACAAAAUCAGUGAGUUCAGCUCUGACUUUAAAUGACUCUGCUCUCAUUGAUGUUCAGAGUUACACAAAAUUAAUCCAGCUCUAAAAUAUGAAUAUUCUCUAAAACUGCUUCAAUACAGAAAUAUUCAGAUUAAAGAAAAGCUGAGAAACGUUUCAUCUCGAUGUCUGAACGAGUCCCAGAAGGAACAAAUGUCCCCAACAGGUCAAAGUAUCACUAAUAAACCAACAAUGCACUAAUGAGUUAUUAAAGAGAUAAAAGAAACCUUUAAUCAGUCGAUAUGUUUCACGUUUUACUCCCACUUUUACUUUUCUUUAUUUGUUGUCGUAUGUUUGAUUAUUGAUCACGUAUUCUAUUAGUUUCUGUGUUAUUAAAAUGGUAAAUUUUUAGAGUAAAAUAAUAAUAAAUGCAUGAAUAAUAAAACUUCUGAUGAGCAAGAUAAUAACAAAGGAAAACAAAUCACAUUUAAAUCAGCCAAUAACAUAAAUGUAUUAUGAGAAUCCUAAUAGAAAGUCACAAUUCUGAGAUUAAUGUUUAAUUUACUUUACUGGCUCAUAAUCAUGAUUUAAAUAAUAAAACAUGUUUCUGUUCUUUUCCUUUAGUCGUAGUCAGGUGAUCAUUUUGACAUAAAGUCAUUCUGUUAGUUGUUCAUCGUAAUUUGAACAAUUUUAGAAAUCUAUAUAUAAACAGUAAUUAUUACAUGACUCUGCACACGCUCAGUCAUUAGUUGUUGCAUUUGGCUCCUCUGGGACUCCGUACUUGUUCUGUAACUAAGAAGUCCGGCUCACUUGGAUCCCGUCUGUUCAGGUUCUGGUUCAGGCUCAGACCUCGUGUUCACGUCCGGUCACUACUGAAGUGUGAAGGGUCUUAAAGCCGGUGCUGUUUGAGGACAUCUGGUCCGCUUCAACACAGAGUUUUAACCGAGUCCACGUCGGUCUGAAUGGGGAGUGAUGUCACUCCUGCUCCUCGUCCUCUGAUUGGUGGACAGAAGUCUUCUUCAGCUGUGACGCUUCUGAUCCUUCCUCACUCUAAAACUCGUCGCCCUCUAACGUCUCUUCAUCGCUCAAUAACCUGCACGAAAGAAGUUUGUUUCCUCGUUGAUGCUUUUCAACCAUUUUAACAAAAUUUCCAGAAACCAAAAGGUCACAAAAGCAAAUCGGUGAAAUCAAAGCUGUUGUCUGGAGGUUUGUUGUGACGCUGCCUUAAGCUUCCCUUCGGCAAAGGAAAACAACCAUCUCAUUUAAGAAACAAACAUUAAGGAGUUUGUUAUAGCGCAGCAGCAGCGCUCGUCCUGUAGGGGGCAGUGUUGCUCCCCUUACAGGGCU